AUGAAGACUUCCCUGAUCAACUCGGCCAAAUGGGAAGACUUCGCCCGGGACAGACUGACAUGGAAGAUGGUGAAGACGGGAGCAGCGAUCCAAGAAACCAACCGUGCCACUGCCGCCAAAGCCAAACGCGAAGAUCGCAAAUCCAAACUGUCCCCGCCCCGCAAAGCCAACACUUUACCACCCCAACAUGCCCGCGGUGUCAGCGAACUUUGCAAGCACCAAUCGGUCUCGCAGGACACCUUCGGACGAAAUGCGCCAACAACCCGAAAGCAUAUACUUCUUCUCCCACUCUCACCCCUGCCGCCAACUCCGCGCCGACAGCCACCCCGUCACUCCCGAUCACACUGUCGUUGCCUCGUCGACAUCAAUCCGCGACAUCACCCGCACAGCCCCAGCCCCUGCGUUGACCAAGGCGACCAGCAACACCAACACCACGACCUCGCGCACUCCCCCCCCCACCGAUUGGACCACGUCCGACGUCCCAUCACCUGCUACCAUCAGCACCAGUACCCUCAUAACCAGUGA